UGCUGUUUAGUGCGUCAUCGUCUGCACGCCCACUGUAAUGGCGCUUCCGGAAUGGACUGUGUAUUUACUUUGUUUUGCUUUAGUAUGUGGAGGGAUUUACAUCUGUCGUAUUUUUAAAUGCGCCACAAUAAGUGCAUGGAAAAGCAGCCCGAUCGCUAAACUGAUGGCUCGCACAGAGAAACCACUGUUUUGGAUAGCGUAUUCUCUAUAUACACGGACCAAACUCGGGUACAUAUUUCAUAAGAGGCAGAUGAGGAAAGCUCGGGAGCGGUACCCUGCCGGCCACUCCAGAACUCAACCUACUAUAAUCAACGGCAUCAAGAUCAUACCAGUGCCCAUCUUAUCAGACAAUUACAGCUAUGUGGUCAUUGACACUGCAUCAAAUAUGGCUGUUGUGGUUGAUCCUGCUGACCCUCAGCCUGUUCAGGCAUGCCUAGAGGAAGAGGGGGUGGCAUUACAAGCUGUUCUCUGUACACACAAGCACUGGGACCACAGUGGAGGGAACAGGGCUCUAAAGAGACGCUACAGGUCCUGUCGAGUGUAUGGGAACGCUAUGGACAACAUUCCAGGCCUUACACACCCACUUUCAGACAAAGACACAAUAGAUUUUGGAACUCGGCUGCACUUCAGGGCCUUCUAUACCCCUGGCCACACAGUGGGUCACAUAAUCUACCUGCUUGAUGGCCGAGCGAUAGGUGGCUCCAGCAGCUUGUUUUCAGGGGACCUGGUAUUCCUCUCUGGAUGUGGGAGAAUGUUUGAGGGUAAUGCCUCAACUAUGCUGUCAUCUCUGGAUACAGUGGGAUCGCUGAACGAUGAAACUCUGCUUUGGCCUGGACAUGAGUAUGCUGAGGAUAACCUGCUGUUUGCUGCUGAAGUGGAGCCUUGCAAUGUUGUACGGGACCAGAAGUUGCAGUGGGUGCUGCAACAGAGGGGUCAGAGACUUUGCACAUGUCCAUCCACCCUAGCGGAGGAGAAGCAAUACAAUCCCUUCCUGCGGAGCCACUCCCAGGAUCUCCACCGGGCUCUGGGUCUGCAGCAGAAUCAGGACGAGGACUGGACGUCAUAUCGCGCCCGUGUUUUAGAGGAACUGCGUAGACGGAAGGACAUUUAUAAGGACCGAUAAGGCUUUCAUCCACUGACGUUUGAAAGAAGCAACCACUGAAACCAUUCCAAGCUAAACAUGUACUGCUCCCUAUGUAUUAUUACUGUGCUGGAUUAAAAAAAAAAACUAUUGUGAAUUUGAACAGUGACCUGAAAGAAAAAAGUGAAGUAGACCUGGGCAUUACUUAGUAUGCAAAAAUAGAUUUAUUUGAACUUUAAGAAUGUGGUAGACUUUGAAAGGCAUUGUCUGAACUUUUCCAUUAUUAUUUUAUUUUGUUUUAAACAAGCUUUCCUGUCAUGCUAAAAAGCAGGUGUUUUUCCUUACCUUUGACCCUUGAUCUGCAGUGAAUCCCAUUUACAAUGACGUUUAAUCCGUUUUGAAUACUUAGGGUACAAUAAGCACUGAUAUUUAUGAACGGUUUGUCAUAAUAAACCUAUGAAUUAACAAA